UGAGAGUAGAUUUAAGGAGUGAGGAUCGUGCUGUGGGCAAUGAAAACCGUGGUUCCCAGGAGACCUGGACGUCGAGGGACAGUGAGAUGACAUGAGUGACUCCAAAGAGCUGGGUCGCCUGGAGGAGCAACAGGUGAGAAGCAUCAGCAGCAGAUUUUUUGCAAGAGACUUAGGAUCCCACGAGACUCCUGGACCCGGAAGCUCUGCAGGGUGUCUGGGCCGCGGCCCCCUGGCGCUGCUGUUUCUGGCCUUGAUGUUCCUUACUGUGCUCCUGGUGACUAUCGUCGUCCAAGUCUCCAAGCUCCCCAGCUCCCUGGGGCAGGAGCGGUUCAGGCAGGAGGAGAUCUACCAGGAACUGACCCAGCUGAAGGCUGGAGUUCGUGAAUUCCCAGAGAGGUCCAGGCAGGAGAAGAUCUACCAGGAACUGACCCAGCUGAAGUCUGCAGUCAGUGAGUGACAAGU